CGAGAUGCUGCCAUGGAUGGUUUGCUGCAGCAUCGUCAAGUGCUCCAAGCAGGACGCAUCAUCAAGAAGGCGUUCGGUGACACAGCUGCAAGUGCUGUCAGGAACUUCCUCCUCUAUUGGUUUUGGUCACUUUUUGCGUACUCUGCGGUCAAAAGAGCUUUAGGUUUUGGGCCAGUUCGCUCUGAGACACGGGGCUUAGCCCGGAAGCGACGUGUUGUCAACCUGGGCGCUGGUGAAGACCUCUUGGAUGCUCCUAGUGCAAAGGCAGUUUUGCAGUUGACUUCGCGCCUUGCCGGUAGCAUUGAGAAAAUUUUCCUCCCUGCUCAUGAUGGUCAAGGUUGGUGUGGAUUCUGCUCAGUGUGCAAACGACCGCUGCAGGUCAGAGUGGCUGAUCCAGCGGCAAGUGUGCGCAAUGUCGAAGUUGCACCUCAUGCUCGAAAGCGUUUUGCCUUCUUGGUGUGUUUGUGGGGCAGUUCGAAGGACUACGUCCUGGGAGCUUUAGUCCUUGGAUUCUCCAUCAAACGUACCAAAACAAAGCAUUCGCUGGUGUGCUUGCACACAGAUGAUGUCCCUAAAGAACAUCUGGAACUUCUGAGCCUUUUCUGGGAAUGCCGUUUAGUUCAGCACAUCGAGGUCGCAGCUGCCCAGCGCUUGAGCACUGAUAGCCGCAUUGAGGAGUCGCGUUUCUUCAAAGUCUUCACGAAACUCAGAGCGUUGGAGCAGAUCGACUUUGAGAAAGUCCUGGUCAUGGACAUUGACUUGUUGGUCAUGUCCAGUAUCGAUGAUUUGUUUGAGCUGCCAGCCCCUGCUGCGCUGAAGAGGGGCAUGAAUCGAGGGAAGUGGCCUUACAAACAUGGUGAUGACCUGGAUGGAAGCACUUUUUUUGGUGGCCGCAACCCGGGCAAUGAACAUUCCUGGGGCCAGGGCACCGGAAUCAAUGCUGGGGUGAUGCUCCUCGCCCCGAACCUGGCAGAUUUCUUGACGAUGCAGGCGGGGUAUUGCGAGCUACUUCAGUGCUUCGACAUGUUUGUUUAG